UUCCGGCGGGACGGCCCGGUAAUGGCGGCGGGCCGCGGGUGGAGGCGGCGGGCGCUGCGCCUGCUCACGGCGGGCGGCGGCGUCCUGCUCACCCGCUUCCCCUUCUGGCACUGCUUCAGCGGGCUCCUGCUCUGCGCGGAGCGCGCCGACCUGCGCCGGAAGCCCGACAUCCCGGUGCCCUACCUGUACGUGGACAUGGGCGUGGCCGUGCUCUGCGCCAGCUUCAUGUCCUUCGGCGUCAAGCGGCGCUGGUUCGCGCUGGGGGCCGCGCUGCAGCUGGCCGUGGCCACCUACGCCGCCCACGUCGGCGGCCACGUCCACUACGGCGACUGGCUCAAGGUGAGGAUGUACUCGCGCACCAUCGCCAUCAUCGGCGGCUUCCUGAUCCUGGCCAGCGGCGCCGGGGAGCUGUACCGGCAGAAACCGCGCAGCCGCUCCCUGCAGUCCACGGGACAGGUGUUCCUGGGCAUCUACCUCAUCUGCCAGGCCUACUCGCUGCAGCACAGCGCCGAGGACCGCCUGGCCUACCUGGACCACCUGUUAGGGGGCGAGCUGGCCCUGCAGCUGCUCUUCCUGCUCUACGGGCUGCUGGCCCUGGCCUUCCUCUCGGGCUACUACGUGCGCACGGCGGCGCAGGUGCUGGCCGUGCUGCUGCCGCUGGCCAUCCUGCUCAUCGACGGCAACCUGGGCUACUGGCACGCCCUGCGCCGCGUCGAGUUCUGGAACCAGAUGAAGCUCAUCGGCCAGAACGUGGGAAUCUUCGGCGCCGUGGUCAUCCUGGCCACGGACGGCUGAGCGGGGAGGGCGCGGGGUGGAAAGGGUGGGAGGGUUUGU